UUCGCCACCGUGGAUAGUAGGUACUUUCGCGCAUACACAAGCAGUCGCUGGUCGUCCGCAUUCGGUGUAGAAGCUGCUUCGCCAGUUUCGUUUGUUUUCGUCGGCACAAACGGUCACCGCACCGCAGUCGGCAACGGUGAAACAGAGUGUGCUGCGGUGUUGUACGUACUUCGCCGUUUGACUUUGGGAUUAUAUGACAGCAGCACUCGGGUGAUAUUUAUACCGCACGUUUCGAUAAUUGUCAGACCAACAAUAACAACAACGAUCAAAAGAGUGUUGAGAAGGGUGAUGGUGGUGGAGUGAAGUAGAAAAAAAGAUGAAGUAGUGGUGUUUUGCCUCCCGUUCGUGUUCGUGCCGCGUUUUCGGCAGUGUUUUCAAGUUGAAACUCGUCGUCGGUGAAGUGUUAUGCUUUUCGGCUGCUUUCGCUUUUCAGCAUGCGAAUCACGAUGCUUGAAAAUCGUAAACGACAGGAGAAGCGGGCGUAAACAAUGAGUCGGUAAAAUAUUGACACCGCACUCGUAAAAAGAAGCGAGGUCUAAACCUGCGAGACCUCUGUGCAAGAGUGAAACAUAAAAUACUGAAAAUUUAUAUCCCCAAUACAACACACACACAUACACAAUGACAUCAGCUUCCGCUUUACACAGCGGAUCGGCACCGGCCACCGCCUUGCCCACGACGCAAGUGACCGCUUUCCACAACAAAAGCAAUAGGAGAAAAGUCAAAGAUUUUAACGACAGUGUAACCUGUUCGCUCUGCCGGGGCUAUCUGAUUGAGGCUACUACUAUUAACGAUUGUCUGCACACAUUUUGCCGGUCCUGCAUCGUGCAUUAUUUGGAAAGCAAUAAAUACUGUCCCAAGUGCAAAUCGUACAACAACAAAACCAUCACGGUGGCUAAUUUAAGGUCGGAUCGGAUACUGAAAUCUCUGGUGUACAAGCUGGUUCCGGGAUUGUUCAAGUCAGAAAACCAAAGAAUGGCCAAAUUUUACAUCGACCAGCAGGCUCGAGACGAUUCGGCCGCCACCAGUCAAAAGCUACCGGACCAUAACUACAUGGACGAUCAGAACUUUUUCUCACCGGAUGAAUUAAUCAGCUUAUCGCUGCAGUACCAUCACGACUCGAUAGUCGAUUAUGAUCCGAAAUCGACGACGCUACCCGUCACCUACCUGCACUGUCCGGCGGCGGUCACCAUUCACCACCUGUACAAGUUCAUCCUCACUAAAAACGGGCUGCAGCUGGGCAACGAGCGGAUCCAGAUGGAUAUUAUCUACGAGGACGAAAUUCUGCCGCACGAGUUCACCCUGAUGGAUGUGGCCUACUGUUAUGACUACAAGCGGGUUUCCUGGAUGCGACUGUUUUAUCGAAUAUUCAUCCGACCGACCGCAAAACCGACGGCAACCACCACAACGUACAACGUGGGAAGCGAUAAAAAUAGCAAUGAAAAUAACAAUAGCGGUGGUGGGGGCAGGGAGCAUGAUGCUAAUAAUAAAAGCGGCAGCAACGACAGCAACAACAACAGCAGCAACGAUGCCAACCUUAGCGAAAGUCAGGGGAACGCAGAACCUUCGUCAUCUCCAUCGUCACCACCGGGGAAAGGUAGCGGUAGCAGCAGUGACACGAGUGGCAAUGUUGCCAGCGCUACUGCUGUCGACACGAGCGAAGAACGCAUCAAAGCAAACACCGACGAUGCUAAUACACAUGUUGUCGGUGUUUGUGGCGGUGCGAGUGACAGGUUAUCAGAAGCCACUGAAAAAGUGAUUCCGCAACCACCGGAGGCUAGUUGUUAUAAGUCGGUAGAGAGCAAAUAUGAUAACAAAUUGAUAAUAACCAAAACAAACAAAACAGAUAAGGGUAACAGUGACAAGAGAGAAAAGGAAACGUUGAAGUUAGUGUUAGUGUCGAAGAAGAGUGACAAAAAAGAUGCAAAGCUUAUUUAUUCCAACAAAAGUGAGUCAAAGUCAAGCAAAUCUCCUAAACAAAUUAGUCCGUCUGCAUCGGUCAGCUCCAGUGAUUUCAAGCGACUUCGCAGUAACGAUAUCCGAUACAGUAACUACGAGACGGCGUCGUAUUCGGUGAGUUCAUCGUCCAAGACGGUGUCAGUGGCUGGCAACGGUAAGAGCGGUGCCGUUCCGGUUGAUGACUCGAGAAAAUCCGAGUCACAGAACGCUAAAAAACAUAACAAAAUAAAUAAUGACUAUAAAUAUAUAAGUGAUUCUAGCGGAAAAAAAUUAGUCGAAGACAAUAGUCGUAACAAAGUGAGUGCGGUUGUGAAUGAAACCAACGGCACCGUGCCGACGGGUGAGGUAAAAACCAAGCAUGAAAAAUCCAAAUCUUCUCCACAGCGGAAUGAAAGUAACGUGGCUAUGUUGCCGAUAACGGCAUCUGGCAGCAGCAGCGCUAGUGCCGAGAGAAGUGAGAAGUCAUCCGAGUUGAAGUGCUAUGUAAACUUAAAGAAACAAAUGGUCGUAUCGCCCCUUUCAUCCACUGUCGAAGCGAAUGCGAAUCGUAAACCUGAAGUUCCUAAAUUGAAAAUAGAGCUAUCUAGUCUGAAAACCAAAAUCUCCAUUCCGAAAGCGGACUUUGAAAAGUCUCCAAAAUCGACUCAUUCAUCUACAUCGUCAUCGGCGGCAACAUCGCCCACAACUUCAUCGUCCACUUCUGACAAGUCUCCGCUAUGGUCUAGGCCCGAUGAAGGUGGCAAACCUGUGGAUGCUCAAAAAAUUGACAUAGAAGAGUAUGCCAAAACAAUUGGAUUGAAACCGGUUCGAAAAAUCGGCGAAGGCGAAGGCAAAAAGAAGAAAAAGAACUCGAGCACUUCCUCACCGGAUCCCUCGUCGUCUCAUCGAAAGCGCAAAAAAGCUAAACAUUCCAAAGAAGCCGGCGGCAAACGAAGGAAAUUACAUGCCGAAAUUUCCUCCCAGCAAGACGAGAGUUUGAAAAUGAAGGUCAAACUGACAGAAAAACCAUCGAAACACGACCGUAAACCAAGCGAGGAAAUCACACCGAAAGAACCGACGAAACAAAAUGCGGAAGUUGGCCCACCAUUGCCGCUGCCGUGCCCAUCAGCGCUAUCAUCAUCAUCAUCAACAACAACAACAACAAUAGCAGCAGUAGAAAAAGCUAUCGUCACACCGGUGCCAUCGCCGAAAGAAGACAGUUCAAAGGUGAUUGACAUCACCAAGGGUGAUGAUGAUGAUGACGUAAAAAUUAUUGAGCUACCUACGCUCGAUGUGCUAUCAUCACCGUUGGAUAGUGGAACGACGAAGUGUGGUGCUAUAAGUACCGAAAAGUUGACCACAAUCGCGACAAGAGUGAACGAGUUACCCAAACUACCUUCGUUAGGCGGUUCGGAUGGUUCCACCAAGGCCAAAAUUAAUGAAAUGAGAGCCAUCCGUCACAAACCGAUGGUCUACAUUCCAAGCCUUGACAAGAGCCUGACGGAAAGUUCGUCCACUAUCAACAGUAUCAUUGAAAGUGUACAAGCGAAAACGGGAUUCAUUGAUAGUGAUAACGACGUACAAAUUGUUUCCACCAGUAGGUUGGAGACGGGUAACAGUCUGCCUUCCAAAACAACUUUGCCUUCACUGGUUCCGAGUAAGCCUUCAGCUGCUGGACUCAGCAUGAAACCUCCCACAAUGAUACCUUCAACGGCCAAUAGCCGAACGGUUUCAGCCAAUAACAUUCCCCGGUCUCAGCAGCGAACCGGCACUCAGCCGUCGGUGUUCAGCCCACGGCACAUACCAAACUAUCCGCCCCUUGCCUUGCAAAGUGUACAGAAAAAGGUUGCACCACAGCCAACGUACAGUGCGAACGUGUACCACCCAAGAAGUGCCAAUCCUGCUCUGAAACGAUCUACUAGCGUUGAUAGUACGCCAACUUACAACAUUCCACCCAAAACGCCACGUUGUGACUUGAUGGAAUUGAAUGCUCAGAAUCGUUUCAUGAAGAAACCGAUUUAUGCACCUAUGUUCAAUUUCGUGAAGGGUGCCAGCCUAGCAAGAAAUGGCAACCCAAACAUGCCAACCUCAGCAAACGAUGUACCUUACAAAUCACCCAUCAGUUCGACCUACACAAAAGAAGUCAAUACAAAAAAGUCUGUCCCAAGUCUUCUACUACCUCCCUCAUCAAUUAGUGUGACUAAAAUGAGCGACAUGGUUCCACAGCCUCCACCCACGGAUAAUCGUCCCGCGCUAGAAAUUGUUCGAAUACCAUCCACUGCGCCUGUUGCCGACAAACCUCAUCAGGCUCCGACUUCAAACGCAGUAUCAAAAUCCAGCCUCACACCGAAAACGACCAGACCUCCACCGCCCACAAUUCCACUGAUUAAAAUUAAAAAAUCAGUCUCCCUCCCGGAGCAACCAACGUCCCCUAUUUCGCCGUCGGUUUUUCAAGUAACCAGCUCAGGCACCAACAGCUCUAACAAUCUAACCACCAGUUCCGCCUCCAGCCAGGACACCAGUGGAGCCCUGGAUUUAACGACACGUGCAAACGACGAUUUAAUUAUUCUCGAAAGCAGUGACAGCCUAACUUCCAAACUAAAUGGCAAUGAGCCCAAAACCAGAUUGGUGAAAGGUCCUACUGGCGAUAGACGUCAGGAGGUACAGAACAAGGCGAUUUCGGACGGAAAGAUUGAAAUUGAUAGCAAUCGAUUAGAACUAAUCAAUUCGCUGAUUCAAACAUCGGCCGCAUCGAUGAUUAAGGCCGGAUCAGGAGUGAUGGCAAAGUUUCAGUCCGCUGGCAUUCCAGGAUUGAAGCUUCCCGCCGACAUGAUUGGAUACGCCAUCAGCAGCACCAGUAGUAGCAGUGUGCCGAAGCUGGGGCUGACCUAUACUUCCACCUCCACAGCAAUGACGACCUCAACAGUAAAAUCGAUACCGAUGCCCAAGCUGGCUGAGAUCAAUCGGAAUCGUAAUGCUGCAGCACGUCAGCCGAACCCAUCGGUACGAAGCAUUCCGAAUCCAUCGGCGUUGGCGUUUCGUAAUCAAAUAGCUACUGCGAUAAGCAGCUCUUCCGGGCUUCUGACUUCACCGUCGCCAGCAUCCUUUUCGUUGGCCUCCAAGAACAGUACGAUAACAUCACUUUCGCCUACGUCGCCGGCCAGAGUCAUGAACAUAAACAUGAAAUUAAACAACGUAAAUACGGUAGGACAGAAAUCAAGUGUGAAUAAUAACGGCAUCGGUAGCGCAGCCGAUACAUUUUCCUGCAUCGGUUCGUUUGGCAAAACCCACACUAGUACAGUCAGUACCAGCACCGGCAGCGUAUCGAGUGCAAGUGCUAAUUUGAAUGGAAACAGAAACAACAACAACAACAGCAGUUCCAUCAACAACAACAACAACAACAGCAGCAGCAGAAACGACGUCAGCUCAACCAGUGGUAACAGUAGUAAUAAUAAUAACAAUAAUAACAGCAGCAGUACAAACGGUGGCAAAAAGACCAUCGAGAAAGUGGCGGCUGGACUGCGAGCGGCUGCUGCCACGGCAACGACGAGUACGUCCAAUGGUAACCACAACAGCAACGGGAGCGCAACUACUACCACCACGGCUGGUGUCGGUAGUACCGGUGCUAGCAUCGGCAAAAACGGUGUAAAUGUUGUCUAACACGUAAAAAACAUCGGUCCGGCUAGUCCAAGUGAAUCGCGACCUUAUCUGAUGUGGGGUUGCAGGAAACAUGAAAACACGGGAAGAUGAUCAUCUGUCGAGUAUAACACAAAAAGAAUCCAAAGCAAAAGGCCUGCAUUGACAAAAGAAAAUGUUUAAACUAACGCUCACUUGAUUGACAGCUGAGAUUUUAGCUUGACCCGACAAUGUUGUAUGUGACCGAAACCACAGAAAAAGAUAAAGUUACUCUAAAAGCACUAAUCGGAUGACAUCUGUCAACAGUUGCCAAAAGUUUGGCCUCAAAUUAAUGGCAGUUUUUGUUUUGCUCGUUUGUCAUCGUUUCGUUUGUAAACAUUGUUGAUACAAAUGUAAAUAUUUAGUAGCCUGUAGAAAUCAGUGAAGUGGCGCUUGUCGAUUAGAGAAAAUUUCACAACAACCAGCACAAUUUUUGUUUUGCGUCUCAAAUACGAAAUCAUUGAAACAAUUACGUUUCGGUACUGAUAAUCGACACAAGACUACGCCACUGAAGUUCGUUCUGUCUAUUAUGGAUAGGUUGAUUGAGUUUAACGGCUAUGCUUGAUUAAGAGUAUUUAUUUUUGUGGUAACUAGUAUAAUUCGCAGAAAUUGUAAAUUUCUUUAAACACUGAAUAUUCGGAUUGAAUAUUAGAUGUGUGUAUUUGAAAUAUUCAUAGACAGCAUUAGACAAAUACCCUUCAAUAGUGCAGAGUCAGUCUUUGUGAUUGUAAUUAAAAUGACCAUACGAACAUAUAUUUAAUGUGAGCACAACCGUACUACUCUAUACAGCAGCCUACCUAGUAUAUGUCUCAAUAUCAGCAAUAAACCUGGGUAUAGCACCUCUUUCUCUUCCCUGUAUUCCUAUAUUCGAUGUUGUGCAAUAGUAGCAGACAGAUACACUACCACUAACACAUACACACAGCUCCAGUUAAAUGAGAAAAUAACAGCUCCGUGAGAAAUGACCAGAUAGCGGAAGAAACCCAAACGGUUCGGGUGUAAGAAGAAAGAAAUCACCGCGACGAAUGCGAGCGUUCCGCACAAGCCAGAACGAGAGAGAACCUUUUCAAUCCGUCUGAAUGAGCACAGCUUUUCUGGAAAUAAUGAUAUUUCAUUCUCGGCCUUCUUUCUAAUUCUUCUCGUCCCCACACGCUCAACCGCAAUCGUCCCACCCACCAUCAUCGUGAGACGAUGAAUGGGAAAUUAUGAUGGUCAAUGAUGAUGAUGAUGAUGAUUGAAGCAAAUAUAAUGAAGAUAAAUUGAAACUUGAAGUAGAAAACAAACUCUAAGAGCCAGAAAAUAUAUGAAUUGUAGCCAGGGCUGAGCCAUGGAUUCACUCAUUCAGUGAUUUAAAUUUGGACGGUAAUUUAAAUUUCAAUUAUAGUGUUCUUUUUGCUAUCGUAGGAUUUCGUUUCAACCAACCUCGUACUCUUACUGAUAUUAUUAUAGAUUUGAUUGUAUGAGUGACUUUGUAUUAUACACCCUCGAAAGACUCUGAUGAUUUAUUUAAGAUUUAUUUCUGCACUCAUACAAUCACCUUAAGUAUUAAUUAAUGUAAAGGAAAAUGAAAAAUCUGCUAUUUAAUUCAACAUGUUUAGGAUCUUCUGAAAAUGAGAACAAUAAGUUAGAAUUUUGCAAUGUUUGUUUUAGCGAAUGGUAUGUAUGUAUCUAGUGCAAUAAUAACUGAAAACCAACCACUGUAGAGCAAAUAAAAAAUGAUAAUCAUUAUUUAAAAGAG